CUCUCCUCACACCAAGUUCUCUGGGUCGCACAUGAAGCAACCAUCUCGGUUGUGGUUUGUGUAAACAUUCAAAAGGAUUUGGUUGUUUUUUCGUCAAUUAACUUAUUGCAACCAAGUGGUGUGCAACAACCAUGUGGGCAUUACUGAAGGUCUUCUCAACAAGCCUUAUUUUUAUCACUGUACAAGUAACAGGUCAGAAUGAAUCUACAACGCUACCCCCAGAUUCCAUUGCUACAUUGUUACCUCCUGCGGGAUCCGUUAAGGCAGAUGUCAAGACAGAAACUUCCAUCAACACUCCGAUCUCUACAGAAGAAGUAACUGCCUGCGACAAAGGUCGUUCCUCUCGUCAGAAAUUAAGAUGUCAUCUGCUGGAACAUUAUGACAUCCAUGUCCAUCCGGUCAAGGAUUCCUCCAAGGCAGUGACUGUGGCCAUUGGAAUGGCCAUCAUCCAUUUGGAUGUUAAUGAGAUGAAAUCGGUCAUGGGAGUGGAUGCUUGGAUGAGAUUCGACUGGAAGGACGAAUUCCUCACUUGGGAUCCCAUGGAUUAUGACAAUCUCACCCAAAUCCACUUGGCUGUGGGAGAAAUUUGGAAACCGGACAUUUUUGUCUAUAAUAGUGCUGAAAGUACAAAAUUUGACCCAUAUGGACAAACACACUUUUUAGUGAGCCACACCGGAAAUGUGCUUUGGGUGCCCCCUGCUCAUAUUAAAGCUUUUUGCAAGCUUGACCUUCGCUACUGGCCUUUGGACACUCAAGAAUGUAAACUUAAAUUUGGCUCGUGGACCUCCCAUGGACAUCAAAUCGAUUUGGCUCUCUACCGUAACAUGACCCAAGUCGAGCUCUUGGAUUUCUACACAAACAAUAGGGAGUGGGUAUCUCUAGCCACAGUUGCUCAGAGGAAUCGUAUCGUCUAUGAUUGCUGUCCAGAGACCUAUCCAGAUGUAACCUUUGAGUUUAUAUUGCAAAGAAACUCCCCGGCCUACAAAGCUGUGUUUGUAUUGCCUUGCUUGGUGAUUAUGUUGAUGACAAUCUGCUGCUUUCUGUUGCCUCCAACGGCGGGAGAGAAGAUAACCAUUAAUGGAUUCGCAUUCUUAACUUGUUGCAUAUUCUUGCUAUACUUUGCCAGUUCGUUGCCUUUUCAUAACAACGCGAUUCCAUUAUUGGUGACAUUUUAUAGCAAUACGGCAGCUAUGGUUGGAAUUGCAUUGCUUCUGAAUGUGACCUGUUUUUCGUUUGCGAGAGACAGAAAAUAUAGUGGUCCACCAAAGUUUCUUAAAAACGCUUUUAGUGGCUCUUUGGGAAAGUGCUUGUGCCUUGGCAACUAUUAUCACCAGGUAUCUUCCACUCAUGAGCGGUUGGUUUUGGAGCUGACAGAUAUGGCUGAGAGCGAACAAGCUGGUGACCGUGAUCAAGAGACUGGCCACCAUGGAGGAGAAGAACGCCCCAUUUUGUCGAAUGAUUCUCAAAAUAGUGUGAUGAGGGAUUGGGUCUUGGUGGCUGCAGGAUUGGAGCGGUUCUUCUUUGUUUUUUAUACCAUAAUUUUUGCCAUCACCACAAGUGUGUAUGCCUAGAUAGAGGCUGCUAUCAUCUUGAACCGUUUUGUCUUUGUGUCCUUUGGCCUAUGUUCUAUAUCUCUGACUCAUUGCUUGUAAAAUUCAAAAUAGGAAACAAUUCUUUUAAGAGACUUAUUCCCUAUUCUGUGAUAAGAAAUAUAAUUCAAUGAUCCCAUUCAACUGAAAUCA